CCGACACCGCGCCGCCACCCCGGAGUCCCGCGCCGCCACCGCACGGCACACGCAACAGAUGGCGCCGGAACGGUGCGCGCAGUGCGGCGGCGAGGCGAGCCAGCGCUGCGGGGGCUGCCAGCAGGUGUUCUACUGCUGCAGGGACCACCAGCGGGCGCACUGGAGCACACACCGCCCGCUCUGCAGACCCUUCAAGGUGGGCCAGGACGCGGUGGUGGGCCGCUACCUGUGCGCGUCGCGCGACAUCGCGGCGGGCGAGCUGGUGCUGCGCGAGCCGCCGCUGGUGUGGGGCCCCUCGCAGGCGACGCCGGCCGUCUGCCUGGGCUGCUACGUCGUGCUGGAGGCGGCCUCGUGCGUGCGCUGCGACCGCUGCGGCUGGCCCAUGUGCUCGCAGCACUGCGCCAACUCCCUCGACCACCGGCCCGAGUGCGACAUCACCGCCGACGUCCGCGGCGCCAAGGUGAGCAUCAGCAGCUUCGGGCAGGAGCACCCUACCUACCAGUGCGUGACGGCGCUGCGCGCGCUGCGCCUGCGCACUGCAGACCCGGCGCGCUGGCAAAAGCUGUGGGCGCUCGAGUCGCACUGCGCGCACCGCCGCGGCACGCCCAAGUACGAGGCGGACCGCGUGGCCGUCGCGCAGUUCGUCCGCCGCUUCUUCAAGAUGACUGACUUCUCCGAGGAGGACAUCCUGCGCGUCUGCGGCAUCCUGCAGGUGAACGGGCACGAGGUGCCGCUGACGGAGCCGAGCUACGUGUCGGUGUACGAGUGGGCGUCUCUGCUGGAGCACAGCUGCCGCGCCAACUGCUCCAAGAGCUUCAGCGAGGCGGGCGAGCUGCUGCUGCGCGCGGCGGCGCCCAUCGUGCGCGGCCAGCGGCUCACCAUCUGCUACUCGGACUCGCUGUGGGGCACCGCCAGCCGCAGGCAGCACCUGCGCGAGACUAAGUUCUUCUGGUGCCGCUGCGCGCGCUGCACCGACCCUACUGAGAUGGGCACCUUCUUCAGCGCGCUCCGCUGUCCCCAGCCGGGGUGCGAGGGCGUGUGCGUGCCGGCGGAGGAGAGCCUGCAGCAGGAGCCGGAGGACGAGCAGGAGGAGCCGCCCUGGUGGUGCCGCUCCUGCCAGCAGCCCAUGCCCGCCGCGCAGGAGUCCCGCGAGCUGCUGGUGGAGGCGCUGGACCUGCUGCGCUACGAGCCGGAGGUGCUGCCAGAGGGCAAGAUCGCCGAGCACGCCAGGGAGGCCCUGCGCGACGUGGACAUCGCCACGCAGCGCCUCCACUGCACGCUGGCCGGUGGCCUCAUCUGAGGUCGCGUCCACGCACCUCACGGCCGGCGCCAGAUCUGCACCACUCUAUGAGCCUGCUCCCAACCCCACUGACCCUCCUCAGCCCGAUACUUUGGUUCAGUUUAGAUACGUGACGGCAGUGAUCACACGCCAUCACGCUCUUCACCAGCUACAGUGCUUUCGCUUGAGAUCCAAGCUGCGGGAGUCAACCUGACCCGCCAGCAAUCACGUCACAGAUGAGUUGCAUCGCUGUUAAGUACCACAUUUGUUGCCUGGUGGAAAUGCCUUGCGAGCUGCGUCCUAAAAUCCUCAUCGGUAUGUUUGCUAGUCGCCAUCCUACUGUCGGAUCUUCCGUGUCACGCUUUACCUGACGUUGAGGACUUGCAGACGUAACCAAAUACAAACGUACAGGACAACUUACGCCAGGCCACAUAUCUUAACAGUUUCGUACGACGCUGUAUAAUGUUAGAAUUAUAAGUGAGGGCUAUACUGCGACAACUGGAAAUCUGUGCCAGAGUGUAACGUGAACCCGGAUUUAUUGCUUUUCGCGAGCUGCCGCCUUCAGCAUUAGCUUGCCUGUCCGCGCCUGCAGGUCUCACAUAACCUUCACUUGUCAGCGAUGGGUCCACUUAUGCUUCUAGAGGAGGCUCUUCCAAUGCAUU